CAAACCUUAAAAAUCCCCCAAUCACACUCUCCCUCGCUAAACCAUCUCCUUCUGUCUCGCUGAAAGCUUGAAACCCAAUUCAUCAGAAACGCCAUGGUUGUUUCUUCCAAGGUUGGUGGCUGAUAUACCGAACGACGUUUUCGGAUCGUAUAUGCAUGUCUUGUUUACUGCAUUGGUUGUUCAAAUUUAGGGUUUGUUUGGGGUUUAUUGAGAUCGAGCUGGUACUUUUGCAAUACAAAUUUUAAGUGGUUUUAUUUGUAUAUAGAUUUGGCUGUAGAGGAGUUAUUUCUUUGAGGGGCUAUUGAAUUUUGGUGUUUUGUGGGGUUUUGGAGAGCUAUGAGAGAGGGUCUGAGAUCUGGUAAUUCAGCUGCUCGUUCCAAGAAAGAUGAGGUUUCGAAUAGCCCAGCAUUGGCUAAAAAGAGUGUGUAUAAUACAAGACAAAAGAGUUCUGAUUUGAAUAAGGAGAGGAACGCUGGUUCGGAGGCUGAAAAGGGGACCAAUGUAUCUUGUCUGGAGGAAGCAGUUGAAUUGGAAGAAAAAAGUAAUGGAUCUUCUCCAAAGGUAGCCAUUGAACCUGAGAAAGAAGAGGCUUCGAAUUUUCAGGAGCUGAUUGAGAAGAAACUGGACAGCGCCUUGCAGCGGGGUAAAGAUUUGAACAAAAAGAGAAACGCAGAAGAGAUUUCAUGUGGUUCCAAGCCUGAAAAAGGGACCAUGGUCUUGUCUCUGAAGGAAGGAGAUGGCGUUGAAGAAGAUAAUAAUGCAUCUUCUCCAAACGAAGGAGUUGAACUUGAGCAGAAAGAGGGGUCACAGAAUGCUGAAUGCCAUAGAGAUUGCAAUGUGGAUGGUGGUGAAGUUGCGUUUGAGUUUGUUGAGAAUGCAAGGAAAAGGACUCAGCUAGAUGGAGGUAAAAACUCCGAUGAGAGCGGUGUUGAAAAGAAGAAGAAGAAGGCGGGGAAGGGAGAUGGUUUAGAUACCAAAAUGCAGACUGCAGGUAGGAUAUUAAGGUCAGCAUCAUGGACCGGAGGUGAUGGCGAGAGGAGAAAGUUUGAAGAUGAUGUUGUUGGUAAAAUGAGUCGCUGUGAUGAUGACCAUGAGAAGGAAAGGGCAGAGUCUGAAACUGAAAAGAGUAAUCAAUCUGAUGGUGAGAUAAGUAAGAUUUUGAAACCAAAGGGUGAGAGUGGGAGAGACCCCAAGAUGCAGGGUGAAGCAAAAACAAAAGAGAGUGACCAAUCUGAUGGUGAGAUGAGGAAUAAGUUGGGAGAAAGUUGCCGGAAAAAGCGAGGGAGACCCCGUAAGGUGCAGGUUCAAGUGGAAGCGAAAGAGAGCAAUCAAUAUGAUGGUGAGAUGAGGAAGAAGUUGGGAGAAAGUUGUGGGAAAAAGCGAGGGAGACCCCGUAAGGCGCGGUUUGAAGUGGAACCGAAAGAGAGUGACCAAUCUGAUGUUGAGAUGAGGAAGAAUUUGGGAGAAAGUUGUGGGAAAAAGCGAGGGAGACCCCGUAAGGCGCGGUUUGAAGUGGAAGCGAAAGAGAGUGACCAAUCUGAUGUUGAGAUGAGGAAGAAUUUGGGAGAAAGUUGUGGGAAAAAGCGAGGGAGACCCCGGAAGGUGCAGGUUGAAGUGGAAAUGAAAGUGAGUGAUCAAUCUGCUGAGAAAGAAAGGGCCAGAGGUGAUGGUGAGAGGAGAGAGUUGGAAGAUGGUGCUGUUGGUAAAACGAGUUGCUGUGGUGAUGACCCUGAGGAGGAAAGGGCAGAGUCUGAAACUGAUAAGAGUAAUCAAUCUGAUGGUGAGGAAAAGAAGAUUUUGAAACAAAAGGGUGACAGCAGGAGAGACCCCAAGAUGCAGGAUGAAUCAGAAACGAAAGAGAGUGAUCAAUCUGAUGGUGAGAUGAGGAAGAAAUUGGGAGGAAGUUUCGGGAAAAAGCGAGGGAGACCCCGUAAGGUGCAGGUUGAAGUGGAAAUGAAAGAGAGUGAUCAAUCUACUGAUCAGUUGAGGAAUGAAGGGGGAAAAAGUCCCAGGAAAAAGUGUGGGAGACCUUCCAAGAGGCAGGUUGAGGUGGAAAUUGAAGAAAGUGAUAAGUCUGAUGGUUAUUCUAGGAAGAAGUUGAAACAGAAACGUGGAAGAAAGCCCGGGAGGCCUUCUAUAAUGCAGCAGACUGAUGGGGUUCUGAAGGUGGAGUGUGAGAAGGAAAACAGGAUGGGAACAAUGAGGGAUAGCAAGAGUGCUUUGAGGUCUAGGGAUAGUUUGGAGACUGAUGCAUGUACUAGUAGAUCAUUUUCAGAAAGUAAACGUAAUGGGGAGCCUGUGCGAGGAACGGAAAGAAGAGUACAGCGUAGGGCUAUACAACAGGCAGUGAGAGAUCGAAUCGUGGAACUGCUUCUCGGUGCCGGCUGGAAAAUUGAAUUCAGACAGAGAAAUGGCAGAGAAUACAGUGAUGCUGUUUAUGUUAAUCCCAAAGGCAAAACUCAUUGGUCAGUUACCUUGGCUUACAGGACGCUUAAGGAGUCUUAUGAAAAUGGUAAUGACAAUGGUAAUUCUGAGAGUAGUAGGACAGGUUUCAAAUUUAUUCCUAUACCAGAUGAAGAACUAAGUGUACUGAAAAAAGUAAUUUCUAAAGAAAGAUGUGAUAAAAAUGUAAGCAGAAAGGGGAAGAAAAUGAUUAUCAGGAAGACAGCUGAAGGAGUUACUAGUAAGAAACAGGGCAACAGAAAACUGCGAAAUGAAAAACUAAAUGCUGUUGUGAGUUCACGUGGUACACCAUUCAAGGGUAGACUGAAAAACAAAAUUUUGACUCAUGCUCAAGAUAAUUCAGCAGGUCCAUCGCAUGGGGGAAAACCAUUGCUGGCCAGAAUGCGCAAGCAGCUAGAAACUCAUAAUCAAAAUCGAUGUGCUCUGAUGGUUCGCAAUUCCAAGGAGGGGGCAGAAUCUGAUAGUGAUGGUUAUGUACUAUACAAUGGGAAGCGAACUGUUCUAGCCUGGAUGAUAGACUUGGGUGCUGUUCCAAUCAAUAGAAAGGUUCGGUGCUUUGACUUUAGAAAGACAACAGUAAUGCUUGAAGGUAAAAUUAUGAAAGAUGGCAUUUGUUGUGAUUGUUGUGAUAAAAUCUUCACAGUAUCACAAUUUCAAACUCAUGCCGGUGGUGACGGCUCGCAAACGUUUCAAAAUAUAUACUUGGAGACUGGAUGCUCCCUCUUGCAAUGUCUGCUAGACUCGUGGAAUAAACAAGAUGAGUCUGAACGUAGAGGGUACCAUUACGUUGACGUUCAUGGGGAAGACCCAAACGAUGAUACGUGUGGUAUCUGUGGAGAUGGUGGGGACCUGAUCUGUUGUGAUGGUUGUCCGUCAACAUUCCAUCAAAGCUGCUUGGACAUUAAUAAGUUUCCUUCUGGUGACUGGUGUUGCUUAUAUUGCUCAUGCAAAUUUUGUGGGAUGGCCAGUGGGAAUACAUGUCAGAGGGGUGACAAUAAUGCUGCUUGCAUAUCCACCUUAUUUCGUACAUGCUACUUGUGCGAGGAGAAAUAUCACCAUUCUUGUGUUCAGGCAAAGAAUGUUGGCAAUGAUGAUUCUGCUUGUGCGUCUUUUUGUGGGAACAAAUGCCAAGAGUUGAAUGGGAAACUACAAAGUCUUCUUGGUGUUAAACAUGAUCUUGAUGAAGGCUUUUCAUGGAGUCUCAUUCGCCGAUAUGAUGUUGACUCAGAUGGGUCUCUUGAUGAUGUAUCUCAGAAAAUUGAAUGUAAUUCAAAGCUAGCUGUUGCACUGUAUGUAAUGGAUGAGUGCUUUUUGCCUAUGGUUGACUACAGAAGUGGAGUCAAUCUGAUUCGCAAUAUUAUUUAUAAUUAUGGGUCUAAUUUUAAGCGACUAAAUUAUGUUGGGUUUGUUACUGCAAUUUUGGAGAAGGAUGAUGAGAUUGUUGCUGCUGCAUCCAUUAGGAUUCAUGGGAACCAGUUAGCAGAGAUGCCAUUUAUUGGGACUCGCUAUUCAUAUAGACGUCGAGGGAUGUGCCGCCGGCUUUUAAGUGGAGUUGAAAAUGCUCUGUGUGCCCUAGAUGUUGAGAAGUUGGUGAUACCUGCUAUCUCAGAGCUGAGGGAAACGUGGACUUCAGUUUUUGGCUUUAAGCCUGUUGAAGCAUCACUUAAGCAAAAAGUGAGAAAUACAAAUAUGUUGGUGUUCCCUGGUGUUGACAUGUUACAGAAACCGAUAUCAAGCAUUCGAGAAACAUUGCUUGCUGCUGAAGGUUUGAAGUCUGCUCAACUAGAGGAGCAUCAAAUCACGAAUGAGUCUAAUAACUCUGAUGACAGAUUUUCAGCGGCAGUUGAUGUGAAUGUUUCUAGUGAGGUUACUACACCUGAUGCUGCUAAGAUAUGCAAUGAACCUGUUGCACAUGAAUCUGACUCUUUUCUUCGUCCUGCCCCCUUGCAUGAUACUUCUGACAUAACAAGUGAGAACAUUGAUUUACCAGCUAGUCCCUGUGCUUCUGAUUCAAAAUCUCUUGUUCAAUUGAGUGAUGAUCUUGGGAAGAAAGUCGAUACUAUUGUUAAUACUCUUUGUCAUGCAUGUGAUGCUUUUGAACAAGCUGGGGAUAUUGGCAAACAACAUAAUGCUAUUAUGGUUUCAGGUGUCCCCCCUCCUCAUAACGGGAUUGAAGCAUUAGAUUCCUGUCCAAAGCAGCUUGGUGUUCCUGAGGUGGAAAUUAAAUCGUUCAUGGUAGCUAAUAUUAGGACCAAGGCUGGUGAUUCCGAACAACAAUUUCUAUGUGUCUCCAGGGGUGCUACUGAAAGUGUUGCUUGUGAAGUGAAAAUAGAAGUUGGCAUUGUCAAAGACUCAUGCAAUUCUCAUGAAGAUAUUACUGUUGGGCAUGAUUUAGAUGCUAAGUUAUCAGAGGACAUGAAGAUAACCAAUCAUCAGGCUUUUCAAGAAUUUCAGGUCACUGAUGAUAAGGUGCUUGACACCCAUGAAAUGAAAAGUGACAAAGUUUAUCAGUAUCAGUAUGUAUCUGUAGCACCAGGAGUUGCAUCUCCAGCAUCAGUUCAUGACAGCAGCUCGUGUAAGAUUGAUGAUAUGAAAUGUCCUGAUGCAGUUGUCCCUCCAACACACGAAGGUAAUUGCCAUAUUGCAUGUGGGUCUGUUGCCCUCGAAAAAUCUUGUCUACAGCCUGGAAUAAAUGGAUCACAGAGGUCCAGGGACAUCACAUUAGAUUCGACUGAAGUUCCUGUGGGUGGUGAACUUGACCGGGAAAAAGAACCUGUUGCAGCUCAAACUAACACCCUCUCUCCAGAUGAGGAUUCCAUAUCUGGGAGGACUCAGAUAGACGUCAAAUCUUCAAAGCAUCUUGAAUCUGAUACUGGAGUUCCUCAAACUAUUAUUGCACUAUGCAAUCCCGAGUCAUUGUGUGGUUCGAGCUCUGCUUCUGGUGCGUCUAUGCAAUGUGUCUCUGGUGGAGGUAACUCAUGCGGUGCUCCAGAGGUGGUGUAAUUCUUUCAAACCGGGUUAGUUAAAGUGGAAUUUGGACGUCUCUCACCAUGUUGAUGCCUCCUUCUGAGGUGAGAGUUUUAUAUCUUUAAAGUGAUAAUUUGGAAGUGGAGUUUCAACAGCAUAGGACACCUUGAGAAUUUAGAUCCAAUUGAGGGUUUGUGUAUUUAGUAACUCGCCCAUUCUCAUUGUAGACCAAACAUUUGAUAGCCCUUGCGAACGGCCUUAUGUUUUGGCCAAGAGCUUUUGUACAGAAUGUCAAGAAAAAUUAUUAGACUUCUCAACGUUUAUCAAUCAUAGGCCAUUUUGUGGCCCUGGUUUCUGUUG